AUGCCCAUGGUCGGGUAUCCUCAUGUACCUCAGCAACAGGGGCAAGUGGUACACAAUCAAGCGGCCCCGCCGCAGAGUGCGCCACCAGCACUGCCACCACAGAUGCAAGCAGCCCCACUGCCACAGAUGCCAGUGGCCCCGCCGCCACAUGCGUUGCCACAGAUGUCAGUGGCCCCGCCGCCACAUGCGUUGCCACAGAUGUCAGUGGCCCCGCCGUCACAUGCGCCGGCACAGAUGCCAGCAGCACCGCCAUUACAACCGGCAGCGGCUGCAUACUAUCAGAUGGCAACGGCGCCGCCAUCACAAGUCCCUUCAUCUCGACAUGCACAGACCAAUCCGGUGCAAGUCCAAACAACAGCGUGCCAGCCGGCACCACCCCAGUCAUGGGCUGUCCCACCGCAUCAGCCACCCCAGAGCCCCACCACCAGCCAGUCUACGGGGAAUACUCCUAUGCAUAAGACUACUGGCCGCUCCAGGCAAACGGGUUCACAGUCAUUGAGUCACAUGGGUUCGCUCCCCAAGACCAUUAACUUUGAUGGCCGAGGGAGCUGGAGAGGGUUUUACCUCAAGUUCACGGCCUAUGCAGAUGAGCAGGGCUGA